GCAAUAGCAACAUAAAGCACGGAAACAAAGUUUUCAUGUUUACGUUCUGCAAUUUUCGUAACUGAUGAACCGUAGUAUGACGCCGUUUUGAUGGACCUAGAACCGCAGAUAUGCAGACUUUGCUUGGAGCUGGUAGAUCCGAGAUCAGUGUUUGUUCUCAACCAUGAUGAAAAGAUAAUCGAAUCAAUCCUUCAAAUUACCACUAUUGAGGUGAUAGUAGAUCCCACACGUCGGGUAUUUAUGUGCGACCAGUGUCACACCAUGCUCGAUCAGUUCAUACAAUUCCGUACAGCGUGUCUUCAAAAUGACGACACAUAUCGCAAAAUGUACGCCAAGCUUACCGUCUCGUCGGAAUUAGUAAAACUUGAACCAAACGAUCCGGAGGCAGUACUCGUUCAGUGUAAGCUUGAAGAUGAAUCUCAAAGCAGUGAACCAGAAAGCGGUGCAAUGGUCAAGCAAUUGGAACCAGAGGUUGACAUACUCGAACAGGAACAGGUGUUGAUUGAGCAAGAAAAGCCUCGAAAGCCUCGUAAAAAGUACAAGAAAAAAGUAAAAGUAUCUGGUACUCAGAAAGUGCAAUGUCAGACCUGUGGUGCGUUCGUUACUCAGCGUCACUUGCCUAAGCAUCAGUUGAUUCAUGAUCAAGAUCGUCCCAUGUUUUCGUGUACCCAAUGUCCGAAAAAGUAUACUGAACAUCGAAAGUUGAGACAGCACAUAACAAUCGUUCACGAGGGACAUGUCGAGCAUACUUGCGACAGGUGUGGGAAGACUUUUUACAGAUCCGCAACGUUGAAACAACAUUUCCUUGCAGAACACACUGAUAUCAAGCGAUAUGAAUGCAAAAUAUGUGGCGAGAAAUUCGCCCGUGCAUCGAAUCGUGCCUAUCACUACAAAAUGAAUCACACAACCGUUCGACCGUACUCAUGUGAAUAUUGCUUGAAAACGUUCAAAAGAAGCUGUGACUACAGGAUUCACACAAGGACGCACACCGGAGAGAAACCGUUCAAGUGUGAUUUGUGUGAUAAGAGGUUCUGUAAGAGCUACAACCUUGUGAUCCACAAGAAGUCGCACAAAAAUGCGGACAUGAGACGGGAUGCUAAGAUGCUGACGAUGGAAGGUACGUCGGAAGACUUGGAUUGUAAUGUUUGAAAUCUGGAUGGGAGAGUUUUAACAAUUGUGUACUACUAAAUCCAGCACA